CACACCACUUUGGCUGGAUGAGCUCUGGAAUGCCUUUUCCCUGACAGAGCUAUUAUUUUCUGUCAUUCACAUUCUUGGAUAUACCUGGCUACUACAUACCCGGUCGUCGUCGCGUCUUGACGGCGCGAUUUUACUCAAUUUGCUUCCGUCGUCGAGGCACGCGAGACUCCUGAAAUGGCUUCAGACUUGGAAGCCGCCCUGGAGGAAAUAGAGGAAUGCGCUCAUAUCGCGGACGCUCUCACCGACGAGUCUAUCAUUUCGAGAUAUGAGAAAUUUGUUUCUUGGAACGUUCAUCAAUAUCAAGUUGUCCGAAGCAAUGCAAAACGCAGGAAGAUCUCAGCACCUUCCUGCGGUACCUGCGAAACGCUGCUCUCCCGGCCAUUCGCCUGUUUACAUUGUUCAUUCGCGGGCUGUUGGACACAUAUUCUAGAUCAUCUUACGGAUGCAGAGCAUUUAUUUUGCGUUGAUCCGAACUCAGGAUCUGUAUUUUGCUCGGACUCUGAUUGCAUGGACAUGGUUUAUAAUGCCAAGCUAGAAGCAAUAUAUCUAGCGACAGUUAUUUCUGCCGAGGAGAAGGAAACCCGAUAUCAAGUGUCCAAGCGAUCCCGAGAGCCUUUCGUUGCUUGGGCUCCGAGUGCUGAGGACACGACGGUAUUAGAAGGUUCGGUGCCUAUAUCUUGUCAAGCCCGUCGUGGGCUGUUAAAUCUGGGACAGACGUGUUUUCUCAACGUUGUCUUGCAAUGCCUGGUGCAUAACCCUCUCAUUAGGAACUAUUUCCUGGGGGACAAACAUAACGUCAAGGCAUGCAAAACUGAAGACUGCAGCUGUUGCGAGAUGGACAAACUAAUUACCGAGAUCUAUUCCGUCGACACCGCUCCAUAUGGACCAAGCUCAUUUCUAGCGACGACUUGGAUGAAGUCUCCGGAUCUUGCCGGCUACGCACAACACGAUGCACAUGAAUUCUUCAUAUCCGUACUAAACCAUAUUCAUAGUAACUCUCGCGGAUCAACUAAUGUUUCUUGUAAUUGCAUCAUCCACUCCACCUUUGCUGGCCAGCUUCAGAGCGAUGUCAAGUGCGAGCGAUGUAACAACGUCACGAGCACGUCCGACCCAAUGCUCGACAUUAGUCUAGAGCUUAAAGACGAGACAACAUUGCAUGGCUGUUUAAAGAGGUUUACACAAUCCGAGAAACUUGGAUCCAAGGAAUAUAACUGCGGAAAAUGCAACAAGUCUUCUCGCGAGGUCAGCAAGCGCAUGAGCAUUUCUAAGCUCCCCCCUGUCUUAAGCUUCCAGUUCAAGCGCUUCGAACAUAAAACUUCGGACAAACCCACGGCUCGGAAGCUUGAUACACCCGUCCGGUUUCCCGCUACUAUCAACAUGGCGCCAUUCACUUCGAUUGCUUUGAAAGAGAAUGAAAAGGAAAACAAUUUUGCCUCUUUCGGCCCGGAGGUCAUGUACGAAUAUGAUCUUUUCGCUGUUAUCAAUCAUGAAGGCCAGAUCAGCAACGGCCAUUACACGAAUUUUGCGAGGUUUGGGAGCGAGUGGUAUCGGUUCGACGAUGAUAAAGUUACGCAUUCCUCGUUGAGUGCAUGUCUGGACUCUCGGGCCUAUAUGUGUUUCUAUGUUAAGCGACACCUCGACUAUCAGCCCCAUACUAGACCCACGUACGUUCUCACAAGAGAGACGGAGGCCGUCAGAGAGAAGGAGCUGGAACGAGAGAAAGAAGCUGCCAGAUUGAAGGAAGUGGACCGGGAGGUCGAUGAUGCCCUAUUGGCUGUAAUAUAACAUACGACAUGUGAUGUACAACGGAUCAGUUCAAGUCUAGGGACUUUAAUUACUCAUGGGGGAUUGGAGGUCGCCGUACGAGCCAGUACCCGAAGACGCCAAUUAUAUAGACGGAACAUAAGGCGCUCCAGCGCGGCGUAAUCGAGCCCCGCUCUCCUCGGCCGUUCCAAAAGAACGGGCUGCUUAUCCGAAGUUAAAGGAGGCCGCCCAAUGGGCAUACUACCUCCGUGCGAGUACAUUAGUAAGAAUAAUUCUUAAGCCCUCCUCAAAAGUUAUGUCAGCU